UUGGUAAUUUAUUACAAGUUGGAUUAAAUCCAGCAAAAUACGCAAUGGAUCAUCAUCAUGAAUUUGGUGACAUGUUUGAAAUUUGGGUUCCAUAUUUGGAAAAGAUUGGAUUACAGCAUGGUUUAGUAUUUAAUAAUGAUUAUCAGAUCUGGAAACGAAAUAGGAAAUUAGUUGUUCAAGCACUUAAGUCACCUAGAUUCCUGAGACAAUUCACUAAACUUGUACAAUCAUCAUUUAAUGAAAAUGAAAGUUUCUGGGAUAAAAAGGAAUACCACUUUGAUUUCGCUAAAUGGAUAAAACAUUUUACAACCGACAUCACCUUACGAACCACCACAAGUAGUCCUUCUUAUUGUCUUCAUGCAUACUUGUUCGGUGAAGAACACGUUGAUCCAAUCAAAUCCGAAGAAAUUAAAAAAUCUAUUAAAUUAAGUCAUGCGGUUCAAACUUUUUUUAAGGGUGUGGUGUUUGGACGAUUGGUUCCUAAUAUGAUUAGGCAUUACUUUCCGGGAUUCUAUGAUAUGGAUAAGAAGUAUUCAAAUAAUAUGGAUUGGUUAAACGAGACUUUUACUGAUAUUGUCAAGAAAAGAAAAACGGAAAUUGAGAAUGGUGAUGAUGUAGGUUCGGAUUUGAUAGAUGUCUUAUUAACGCUAAACACACCACGUGAUCCAAACGGAUAUGAUGAAGGUGAAACACCAAUGAGUGAUCAAGAAGUUUGUGCCACCCUCAUGGAAACCAACUUAGCCGGUAUAGAUACUUCCCAAAAUACAUUCUGUACCAUAAUGUGGCUAUUAGCUCAUCAUCCUAAAGUUAUUGCACGUUUCCGAGUAGAAAUUAAAGAGAUCUUGGGGGAUGACACGUCACGACAGAUUACCUAUGAAGAUUUAGAUAAAUUCACAUACCUUGAUGCCAUUAUUAAAGAAUCUCAACGAUUCAUGCCAAUUUUACCAUUAACACCACGUACAUCUGUAGAGGACGGUGAAAUUGGAGGAAAGUACUGGGAGCCUAAUACAAUUUUCUUCAUUCUUCAUGAACAAAUUCAUAAAUCGCCUGAGAAUUGGGAAGAUCCUGAUCAAUUUAUACCAGAAAGAUUUUUAAAAGGGUCUGAACAUAAAAUUUUCAAGAAUAGUUUCAAUCCGUUCGGAGGUGGUAUAAGAAUUUGCCCGGGAAAAAAUAUGGCUUUGGUAGAUUUGAAGACUGUGCUAAUUUUACUGUUUAGAAAGUACGACAUUGAAUUGGUUGAUAAGGUUUCAAGAAAACCCAAAUUAGUAUAUGCUGGUACCUAUCAUUGCACAGAGAUGAAAGUCAUUGCACGCCCUAGAAAUUACUAUAAUAUGUAA